AUGUCUCUUGAGACGACGAUGCCACUGACGACGGAAUCCACAGACAUCACACCCACUGAACCGGCUCAUAAGGGAAUUCUGAGAGAUGACACCGUCGUGCUCCGCUGGAUAUUCGGAUUUUGCGGCGAAGCCCAGUUAGGCAGUGUUCCCGUUCCAUGGCCUCGCGUGCCAUUGGCGGCGUCACCACCCGAUGCGAACUCACAUAUGCGGCGUAUGAGAUUCAUCAGCAUCGAUAUUGACAAGCUCGAAGAGCAAGACGGGGUUAUAAAGCGCUUUCAUAUCGGCGUCUCAGUCCUGAAUACCCAAUCGCUGCAAAAUUUACUCCUUUGCCGACCGGAGCAAGAGAUUAAUCUAGCAUCUCGCGUCAUAGAGUCCCACCACUGGGUUGUCGAAGACGCCUAUUAUUAUCACGAGAGGGAUAACUUGUUCUUGUUCGGAAAGCCCAAGCUCGUUACGCUUUCUCGUCUCGAAGCGCGUCUAAAACAACACCUGCAGGUACCAAAUUUUACUCUUGUUUUCCACGGCGGUAGACGGGAGCUCUCAGUUCUGCAGAGACUCAACAUCAAUCUCAACCCUCUCUAUACAAUCGACACGGUCAAUGCUGCACAGCAUCCACUACAACUCUCCUAUAGAUACAGCCUGAAACAACUGCUCCAGGAAUUUGAAAUUCCACAGGCGCUGCUCCAUACCGCCGGAAACGAUGCUCAUUUCAUACUUCGGGCCUUACUCAUGAUUACUGUGAGAGACGUGGAGCGUCAAUUGAGCGGAAAACAAUUACCAGAUUGGGUCCCGAUAUUGAAGGAGGUUGCUCGCUCUCCACUGCCGCCGCAGCCACCGACUUGGGGGCAGAAGAUCGCUUUAAAUAGAAAGAAACGGAAACUAAAGAAAUUGGAACAGGAGAGAAGAGAAGAUUUGGAUGGCCCAGCAAUCUCUCAAACUCCCAAUGACACGCUUCCUCCGACAUGUAUUCAAGACUAA